AGCAAAAUUCUGCAGAUCUUUUCUUUUCUCAUAGCCAACCCCAAAUCCAAUCCUACAUUGGUAGGCUCCGGACAUCCCCAAAGGCCCCUCUGCUUCUCUCUCCAUGUACCUAUCAACCCCUCCCCAUCCCCACUCGUUGACCACAGGUAAAGAGAGCUCGUUGCAGGAGCAAAGGAGCAGCCAUGGCCCAACACAUCGUCCAGAGGGCAUGCGCGAAGCUCAGAUCUGCCAUAGGAGAUGAAGCCGUUGUGCGUUCCAGCUUCAUCGGUGACCUGCGUUAUAUGUUGGGGGCGCUGGAGUCCAUCCAACCGGUGCUGGUGGAGAGAGCCGAGAUGGAGCAGUUCAGGAAUACACCGGCGGCGAAUUGGCUGCAGCUUGUCUGCAGCGCGGCCUACAAGACCAUAGACACUGUCAAUGAGCUGCACGACGCGAGACCACAGGCUGCUGCAACGUUGACAAGGAAGCUGCCCCACCUUGCCAUCGUGAAGAAUGCCAUGGCCAUCGAGGUGCAGGAGACGAAAAAACUAGUGAUCUCAGCAAAGCAGGAGUCUUGUGUUUUAUCAGAAUAUCUGGCAGACAAGAGGUCAAGUCGGUUUCCAAAUUAUUACCCCGAAAUUACCGAGCAACGAAAAACUGGACCAGUUUUUGAGGAAGCAAUGGUUUUAGGAAGACGAUCAGAUAAAGAAAGGAUAAUAGCCACCCUGCUAUGUAGUACUGAGCCCAACAUCACGCAAGAGCACAUCACCAUUCUUCCCAUCUAUGGGCUUGCAGGCAGCGGCAAGACAACCUUGGCACAAAUGGUAUUUAACGGUACCCACUCCCUUCAAGGCUAUGACUUCCGGGUAUGGUUUCAUGUGUCUCCCCAGUUGGACUUCCAUGCACUAGGUAACUCCAUUAUUUGUCACGUGUUGGAAAGGCGACAAGAAGCUUCAGACAUGGAGGGGAUGGAGGGUAUAAUGAAGCGCCUUCACGAGCUACUUCAUCGUAAGAAGGUGCUCCUUAUAUUGGAUGACUUGUGGGAAGAGGAUCCCAUUCAGUUACAGCUGUUGAAGUCCAUGUUAACUUUCUUGGGAGACAAGAUGGACGUAAUAGUAACGACAGGCAACCAAGCCAUCGCUAGGAACAUCUGUACAGUUGAGCCGUACAGGCUAAAUCGGUUGAGUGAUGACACAUGUUGGGAAAUAAUCAAGAAAUCCAUCGGUUUCGAAGGAGGAGAAGAAGAGUUGGAGAAGAUUGGACGGGAGAUCGCAAGCAAGUGCUGCGGUGUACCAUCAGUAGCUCAAGAGUAUGCAUCCAUUCUACAUUUUGCUUCCCGAGAUGCUAUUACAUGGAAACAAUUCAUGGAAAUGAGUAUCUGGUCUAUUAUGAACUAUUCUUAUUCUUCCCGAGAUGCUAUUAUAUCCCUUGCAAGAUUCGAGCUAAGCUACAGGAGUAUGCCACCAGAUUUGAGGCUAUGCUUUGAUUAUUAUUGUGCAGUCUUCCCAACUGGCCACAACAUAGUCAAAGAUGACCUGGUUCAUCAAUGGAUUGCUCUGCACCUCAUUGAGCCAUCUGAAACAUUGUCUGCCGCACAGAUAGCUGAGGAGCAUAUUACCAGGCUUCAGAACAUGUCAUUCCUUCAAACUGCAGAGCUGGACCACGCCAGUGGAGCCAAUAAGGGUGCAAUUUUGUUGACUAUGGACGGUGCGGUGCACAACCUGAUCGCGACAACGUUCCUAGAAAAUUCAAGCUACCAUCUAGCCACCAAUCAUCAUGGGAAACUUGAUGUGCCUUAUGGUAAGUACAUAAGAGCACUGCGCUGUGUCGGCUGUAGCAACGUGGAGUUUAAAGGUGGCUCAUUUCCACAUGAGAAGUGGCUACGUGUCCUGGAACUAACGGAGAGCUCCGUGCUGAAGCUACCGGACUACAUCUUGCAACUGAAGCACCUGGGGUAUCUUAAGAUAUCAAAAUUUACUGGACUGGUAACUCUUCCAGAGUCUGUUGGGCAUCUGAAAAAUCUGUUCCAUAUUGACUUAUCAGGAUGCUCCAGGCUUGCAGCUCUUCCGGAAUCAUUUGGAGAUCUCGUAAACUUAACCCAUGUCAAUCUGUCACGAUGCCAUGGACUGACAGAGCUUCCACAACCACUCCAGAAGCUUGGCAAACUGGUACACCUGGAUUUAUCAUUCUGGUCUUGUUUUGAAGGUAUUGGGGAACGCCUUGGUGGCCUCACCAAUCUGGAGCAUUUGAACUUGUCGCACCCUUGCUGUCAUCUUGUUCAGCACCGUUCCGAUCUCCAGGGUCUGAAAGAUGGUCUGUGCAAGCUCACCAAACUCCGGUAUCUGAACUUGUCAGCGUGCCUGAAUCCUAUCUUUAACUACCCCCAGUCACAAGAGGACAGUCUCAAAUUCCUUGGAGAGUGUGUCAGCGGUCUUUCCAGCCUAGAACAUUUGGACCUGUCUCAUCAUACAUUUCUUUUUGGUCUACCUGCGAGUCUUGGUGAGCUCAGCAGGCUACACACACUGGAUCUUUCAGGCUGCAUCAGAAUCAGGAAGGUAGGUGAAACGAAGUGUCUCAAGAUUAUAAUAGAUCCGAGCAAAUGCCGGGGUCUGGAAAGUUGCCAAUUUGUGGUCCGUGUUGAUGAAGCGGCAUACAGAAGCACGAGCAACCUUGCUCAGCUUGAGGUUGUGGACUGUAAAGAGCUGGGGAUAAGCUGCCUUGAGAGGCUGCAGUGUUUGGAGGAAGCGCAGAGGAUAAGAUUAGUUCAGAAACAAAAGGUUGAAAGGUUGAAGCUUUGUUGGACAGUUGGUGAAGCUAGAGGAUCUACGAAGGUGGAUGAAAAUGCUUUGUUAGGAGAGCUAGUGCCACCGCAUUCUCUUCGGUGCCUCGAGAUAUGUGGCUAUGGUGGGGAAACCUGCCUCCCUGCCUGGCGGAUACGCUGUAAUCUUAGAGAGGUCACUAUGGAGGACUUCCCGAGGUGUGUGGCCCUGCCGCCGCUGGGUCUAUUUCCAAACCUCCAGCGCCUUGUUCUCAGAAGGAUGGCCAGAAUCACAACGAUUGAUGCCGGUGCACUGAGUGGAGGGAACAUAGAGGCAUUCACUCGAGUCUCUAAGUUCACUAUAGAUGAUAUGGUGAACCUGAAAGAGUUUAAGUUUGCUGCCGUUGAUGAGCUUGCGAUUCAGAAAUGCCCCUUGUUGAGCUUUGGAUCUCUACCGCCCAGAGCUCACAGGUUGCUAAUAUCAGACUCUGACCAAGUGAUGUCUUCAUCGGUCAGAGCAAUAGAUGGUGUGGAAGGCCCUUCUUCUCCGGUAACAGAACUGGUGGUCGAGACCUGCAAUUUGCCUCUAGGUGACUGGAGUUUGCUUCACCACCUCCCUGGACUCUGCAGCUUGACUAUCAAUAACUGUUACAGUCUAACCAGCUCACCGGAGAUUAUCAGCGCCCUAUCCUCUCUCCAGUCACUAUGUUUCUCUCAGUGCCAUGAGCCUAUGGAAUCACUACCAGCGUUCUUGUGUGACCUCACCUCUCUCCAGCAACUUGCGAUCGAUGAGUGCCAUGGCAUUCAAUCUUUGACGGAGGACAUGUUAGCCAAGCUCACUGGCCUCAAAGCUCUGUAUAUUUGGGACUGUCCUGAGCUGAAGAAGUGGUGUGAAACAGAGGAGAACAAACAGAAGCUUGCUCCCAUCCGAAUAAAUUUUGAGAAAUUUGAUACCAGGAAGACUGGCGUGCAUCCUCCAGAAAUAUAAAAGAAGUGUCUCAGUUCUGCAUUAGUGAGCAUUAGCCACUGGAACAGUACCGCAAGACCGUCGGCAUUUCCUUAGUGGAUCGAUGAUGAACUGAUCACUGUCCUCUAGUAUGAUGGAAACUUUGCGCCAGAAAUCCAAUUUUUCAUCAGAGUACAAUUUAAUUUGUGUUCAUCUGCGGACACUUGUGUCCACAAAAGCAUGAUUUCAGACA